UCUAAAUAUGGGAGAUGGACUAAUGCUUUCUAGCCAAAUGUAAGCUACGAUUGAAGACAAAAAGAUUUUUGCUUAUUUUCAGUACUUACCUUUGUGGAUAAUUACUUUUAAAAGGAACAACAGUGAUUACCUCUGGAUGCAAGAACUGAAUAGCAAUGGGCCAUGGGAUGGAAGAGCUACUUUACACUCUAUAUUCUUUUGUGCUUUUUUGAAUUUUGAAAGAAGUACUUUACUUAUUCAAAGUCUAUGUAAAUUUUUAACAUAUACAACAUAUUAUAAUUUUUACCAUAUGAAACACGUUUCAUGAUGAGAAUGAAAACAUUGAGAAAUAAGAUUUAGGAUAUUAGCUGUUAUCAUCUUACAUUUUAACAAGAUUUCCUGAAAGAGAAAAACUAGAUUGCGGUUCCACACAAAGCCUCUGGGCGCCGCUGUCGGCCAGUACAGGGCAAGUGCUGUCGCCCGGGAUUCUUCAGCCUCUAGCCUGGAUGUUCCUGCGCAGUCAACAACACAGAGUGAAGCAACCCCAUACACACAGGGGCUUCUGGCCACGCCGACUCUCCCCAGCACACACAGAUUCCCAGUCCCAAGACUGGAGGCUCUGUAUGUUCUGGGCCUAAUGCUACCAGUGCGGUAGCGGGCACUUUUUCUAGCUAGAAAGACUGGGACCCAGCGAGAACUAGAGCGCGCAAUGGGAGGGAGCUGCGUUCAGAGGCGCCCGGCCGGCAGGCGGCAGGUACUGUUUCCCUUCCUGCUACCUUUGUUCUACCCCGCGGUCUGCGAGCCGAUCCGCUACUCGAUUCCCGAGGAACUGGCCAAGGGCUCGGUGGUGGGGAACCUCGCCAAGGAUCUCGGGCUCAGUGUCCUGGACGUGUCAGCUAGGAAGCUGCGAGUCAGCACGGAGAAGCUGCUUUUCAACGUAGACGCAGAGAGUGGGGACUUACUAGUGAAGGACCGAAUAGACCGGGAGCAGAUAUGCAAAGAGAGAAGAAGAUGUGAGUUGCAGUUGGAAGCCGUGGUGGAAAAUCCUUUAAAUAUCUUUCAUAUCAUUGUGGUUGUUGAGGAUAUUAAUGACCAUGCCCCUCAGUUCCAUAAAGAUGAAAUAAACUUAGAAAUCAGUGAAUCUGUCACUCCAGGGAUGGGAACAAUUCUUGAGUCUGCAAAAGAUCCUGAUAUUAGUACGAAUUCACUGAGCAAAUACCAGUUAAGCCCUAAUGAGUACUUCUCCUUGGUGGUGAAAGACAAUCCCGAUGGUGGCAAAUAUCCAGAAUUAGUACUGAAGAAGACCCUGGACCGGGAAACACAAAGCUCUCAUCAUCUGGUGCUGACAGCAUUUGACAAUGGAAAUCCACCACGAAGCAGCACAGCUCAGAUCCGAAUCCUGGUGGUGGAUGCCAAUGAUAACCCCCCGGUGUUCAGCCAAGAUAUGUAUAGGGUCAGUCUUCGUGAAGGUGUACCCCCAGGCACCUCAGUGGUGCAGGUGAGUGCCACUGACCAAGACGAAGGCUUCAACGCGGAGAUCACCUACUCAUUCCUUGGUAUGGCUAAUAAAGCCCAGCAUGUGUUCUCUCUGGAUUCUGCCACAGGAAACAUUAUAACUCAGCAACCCUUGGAUUUCGAAGAAGUAGAAAGAUAUACCAUGGAUGUAGAAGCGAAGGACCGAGGAUCCCUCUCUACCCAGUGUAAAGUAAUCAUAGAAGUUCUAGAUGAAAACGACAACAUCCCUGAAAUAAUCAUUACUUCUCUCUCUGAUCAAAUUUUGGAGGAUUCCCAUCCAGGAAUGGUUGUUGUUCUCUUCAAAACACAGGACCAGGAUUCUGGGGAAAACGGAGAAGUCAUUUGUAACUUAAGUAGAGAUAUUCCAUUUAAGAUUCAUUCUUCAUCUAAUAAUUACUACAAGCUGGUAACAGAUGGACCCCUAGACCGAGAACAGACUCCGGAAUACAAC